AAGCCCCGGUUAAUCUACAAUUUUCAAACACCUUGGUACCACUGUAACUGGCUGGGCAAACAGCUGUUCGGUGGUUUCUCGGUUUGUAUACUUUCUGUUUUAGUUUUGAUUAGGGCGAUGCGAUGUGAUGAUAAAACCGUCGAAACGAGUCGUCGCAGUUCUCUGAAAAAUACUCUGAUGUGUUCGCUUUUCUGGCUGUAAUUUUACCAACUGCAAAUAUAUUUUUAAUGUGCUUUUCUGGCCUUUAAAAGUGCGAAAUUGAGUGUUAAGUUCCGAUGUGAAAAAGUGUACUGCGGUUCCACUCCGAAGCCACAAUUUUCUCGACUAAAAAAAGAACAGCACCACCGGAGUGUGAGAGCGAUAUGCUUGGACCGCUGCCCCACUGGAGACCACAACAGAACCUUAUUCCGGAGCCCACCCUGUGUAGCCGUAGCCUCUCGACUGUCGUGUGAAGAACACCAUUUGACCGAACCGGUAAGAUGACCCUCUGGCGGAACCUGCGCUCCCUGGAGACCCGUAACCUGGACCUGGCCCUCAGCCAGCGGGAGAACCAGUUGGUGGCUGGCCACCUUCCCUCGGCCAUUUUCCGCGAGCGACUGAGUGCGGCGGAGAAUCUCUAUCAGCGUAACCUGACCGGUCACUAUGGUUGUGUAAAUGCCCUGGAGUUCAGCCCGUGUGGUCAAUUCCUGGCCUCAGGAGGCGACGACAAGAGGGUUCUGCUGUGGAACGUCGACCGCGAGGUGGUGUCCAAAUUGGGAAAGCCCCGAUCCAUGAACGAGAAGCAUGCCAGCAACAUCUUCUGUCUGGGAUUCGACACCCAAAACACCUACAUCUUCUCCGGUGGAAACGAUGAUUUGGUCAUCCAACAUGACCUGGAAACAGGAAAAAUCCUCAACCACUUCUCGCACGAUGGACCCGUCUACGGCUUGAGUGUGGACAGGACCAGUGGGCAUCUAUUGAGCGUGGCCACGGAGCAUGGCGAGAUCCUAGUCUAUGACCUGAGGGUGGGGAAGUCGGAACCGCUGGCCCUGGCCAAAUUCAAGACGCCCUUCAAUGCUGUCGAGUUUCAUCCACUGAACGGAAACUUCCUGGCCACAGCCAAUGCCAAAAGGGGAGCCAUGCUCUGGGAUCUGAGGCACCACCAGCAGGCCCUUUGCCAGUACAACUACAUCCCAGAGUCCCCGAGCUGCAUGAGCGUGCGCUUCAACUGCAAUGGCGCCCUGCUGCUCACCCUGCACCGCCGGCUACCACCGAUCCUCUACAGCCCCGGGGCGCCGGAGCCGGUGGCCACCUUCUACCACGACGAGUACUUCAACUCCUGCACUAUGAAGAGCUGCACGUUUGCGGGGCCGCAGGACGAACUGGUGGUCUCAGGGUCGGACAACUUCAACAUGUUCAUCUGGCGGCUGGACGGAGUGGACUUGGAGGAGAAGAACCAGUGGAUGGAGACCCAGCCCGUAAUCCUCACCGGCCACCGUUCCAUAGUCAACCAGGUGCGCUACAACCGCCAGCGCUGUUUGCUCGCCUCCUCCGGCGUCGAAAAGAUCAUUAAACUGUGGAGCCCCUUUGCCCAGCAGGGUUGGGAGGGAGCCCUAACACAAGCCGAAACCAUGCCGUACUGUAGCCGUGCCCUGCACCGCGAGUCCUCGGAUCACGUGUCCCAGGACUUCAGUGCCCGCAACACGGACGAGGACCAGGUGAUGCUGGCUUUCUUCGACACGCUGGUUCAGCGCGAGCUCGAGUCCUGGAGUACCGUGGACAACCAGAGCAGCUCCAGCAGUAGCUCGGACACGUCCACGGAGCGGAGCGAGGUCACAUCCGCCACAGAGGAGCCCAGCGACGAGGAGCGCGAACCCGAUCAGGACCCUCAGCCGGAUCAGGACCAAGAUGAGGACAACGAGCAGGACGUCGACACGCCCAAUGUCAGCGAACUGAGCUGGCAGACUCAUCCGAAUCGCAUAUUCUACCUAAUCGCCAAGAAGCGGCGAGCUCUGCUCCAGCUGGCGGUGAGGGGCACCACUGGACAGCCGCGCAACGUUGACCAGUUGCUCCAGAGGCUCCUCAGCGAGCAAAAGCAGGUUGCCACGCAGGCGCGGAUCAGCGACUGGUUGGAGGAGACUCAUCGCAUCUUUAGAGACGAUGAGCUGCCCACCACGUCGGCGGAGGCAGCGGCUCGGGAGCAGCGACGUCGAACCUGCGAUCAGCUCAGCCGGAGUCCUCGGCGAGCUCCGGAACUAAAAGCGGUUGACACGCUGCAAUCCAGAAUCGGGCAAAGGGAACGCAAACGAAAAUUGAAGAGCCAGCGUUUAUCGACCACCAAGCACAGGAGAACGACUCUUCGACUGCGUCCCACCGAGAUGGACGAUAGUGGUGCCUCUAAUGACACCGAAUAUCUGGAAAGGAACAACGACUCGGACGAAGAGGAGCCGUCAUCAGGGGACAAUCACAACAAUAGUACUAAUGAAAGCGUCCACACCGAAGAGGAAGGGGAGAGUUCCUCCACAACUUCGAUGACCUCUAUGGAGGCGCAGUUGUCCCAGGCACCCAGCACCUCCAGUUCGUUUCCUUUUCUGCCGGAACUGGAGGCCAACAACAACAGCCAGCUUACGUCCAACCACAAUCACAAGAUAUUCAUUGGUCUGACUCCGGAUAUUUGUAAUACAGAGUCAACAGCAUCCUCAUCUUCAUCCAUGUAGGUUGGACCAAUACUGGAGCUAAGAUUCCCAGCUAUUUAAAUUUAAAUAGCGUUCUAGGCUUAAAUAUGGUUUUGUAAGACCCAUCCACCUUUAGUUUGGAACUCAGCUGAAACACACGUAUUUGUUUAUAGCUUUCAUAGAAAGUAUUAUUCACCACAAUGCGCCCGUCACUUUGUAAUUCGUUAAAAUGGAAACGAAAAAAAGUGAGGUUUUAAUAAUCGAAACGUUUUUUUUUUACACACAACUCAUGUGAUUUAAAAACUAGCACCUUAAAACCAAUCGAAAUAUCAAUUUCUCAAUGUUCAGAUCGAACAAGCAAUUUAAAACAAACCCUGCGGUUUCUUAGAUCGAAUCGCAGAUAUUAUUUUUUAGGGAAGUUGCCCAGAACUAUGGUAAUACUAAUUUCUGUCUACAGUUUUUCUUACUUUCUAGAAUAUUUCAAUCCCUACUGAAUCUAGGCAUGUGAAUAUGUUAAGCGUUUCCAGAUUAACUUCAAAGACCACUUUAAAGAUUCAUCUGAAACUAUCUAACACAAAAUAAAAUUUCCGUUUCUAAUUUA